CAUUCAUGGCUCCACCCAGCAGGAGCAAAUGGAAAAAAUAGGGAGACUACAGUUUCGCUCCUCCUCUUCCUCUCACUGUAAACUGAAUGUAAACUUCCCGAAAAUCCUUGACAGCCACCGUGAACCAUCCACAGCGACGAAGAGACGCAGUCUGUCCGCCUCUCCUGUCCCCCAGCCCGGCACACACCUAAAUAAAGUUUAAAAGGAUCAUGGCACCAAAGAGACGAGCUGCUUCUGCUGCCAAGGCAGGUGGAAAGAAGGCGAAAGAGGAGACACCCAAAGCAAAGGAUGCCUUCACAUCUGCAAAGGAAGCACUUCUGGCUGCAGGGCCUCAGGUGAAAGGCAAGAGGAAGGUGGAUGAGAUGUGUCAAGUGGCACGGAGCGCAGAGGUGUAUGAAGAUUAUGACUGUAUGCUCAACCAGACAAACAUUGGAAAUAACAACAAUAAGUUUUAUGUCAUUCAAGUUCUCUCAGAAAAGGCCUCUUACUUUUUGUGGAACCGAUGGGGCAGAGUGGGGGAAAGCGGACAAAACAAACUUACCAAAUAUGGAAAGCCUGAGGAUGCUAUCAAGGACUUUGAGAAAAAGUUUAAGGACAAGACAAAGAACAACUGGAGCGAUAGGUUGAAUUUUGUGUCUCACCCUGGGAAGUACACCCUGAUCGAAGUGGAUGGAGAGCAGGAUGCUGAGGUCAAGGUGGACAGUGUCGAUGGAAAGUCUGUCAGAGUCACUAAAAAUGUCCUACCCUGCACCCUCGACGACGCUACGAAGAGCCUCAUUGAGCUCAUAUUCAGCAAUGACAUGUUCAAGGAGGCGAUGGAAUGUAUGAACCUAGACAUCAAGAAGAUGCCUUUGGGAAAACUCAGUAAGAUGCAGAUUGCAAAGGGCUUUGAAGUGUUGGAGGAGAUCGAGGCAGCCAUGAAGCAAAAGAAAACAAGCGCACGUCUUCAAGAACUUUCGUCGAAGUUUUUCACCACAGUCCCGCACAACUUUGGACGGAACAGACCACCGACCAUCAACACCCAAGAAAUCAUCGACCAGAAGAAGGAGAUGCUUAUGGUGCUGGCUGACAUUGAGCUUGCCCAGACUCUGAAGUCAGAGACUGAAAAUGCUCUGGAAGAUAUGAUAGAGACAGUUCCUCAUACUCUAGACCAGGACUACAAAUCUCUCAAUUGCAGCCUUACACUAAUGGACAAGAGUUCAGAAAUGUUCAAGAUCAUAGAAAAAUACCUGAAAACGACUUCAGGUGGCUAUUGUAACCCGAAAAUUAUCAAUGUUUGGGAAGUUGAUCGAGAGACGGAGGGAGAGCGUUUCAGCGAGAAUGACAUUCUGGAGAACCGCCGUCUGCUGUGGCACGGUACAAACAUAGCGGUGGUGGCAGCUAUCCUGAAGAGUGGUCUGAGGAUAAUGCCCCACUCAGGAGGCCGUGUUGGUCGCGGUAUCUAUUUUGCAUCUGAAAACAGCAAGUCUGCGGGUUAUGUGCGCACGUCUAAAAAUACUGGAGUGAUGUUCCUGAGUGAGGUAGCUCUCGGCAGAGAAAAUACCAUCACCAAAGACAACGCUUCCUUAAAAAAGGCUCCUUCAGGCUAUGAUAGUGUGGUGGCACGAGGAUCAGUGGAACCAGAUCCAUCCAAGGACAUCUUCAUCACCCUAGAAGGCAAGAAGGUCGCUGUGCCUCAGGGGAAGCCCAUAGAUCAGCCCCAGUUCUCAGAUAGCCACUUCUGCAACAGUGAAUAUCUCAUCUACAAAGAGAGCCAGUGUCGCCUUCGCUACCUGCUGGAGCUGAACAUGUGAUAAUUCAACCCAAGGAAAGAAGAAGACCCUCGUUUCCUCUAUAGUUCUUCCUGAAAAGCUUGGCUAUGCUGUCUUUUUACAAUAAUACGAUUAUUCUCUUCAUGAUUACAGUUAUUGUGCAGAUAUGCCUACAUUGAUGCAUAAAUGACUCAUAUUUCUCUGUGCCUUAUGUUUUAACUGGAGUGAGUGUAGACUGCACUGUCUGUAUAACAAAUACUGCGUUCACUUUACCCUGUACAAUGAAUAAGGUUACUUUUUCACUUCUUACUUGAUGUUGAUUUUUAUACGAUUUGCACUGUUUUGUUUUCGAGUAACAUGCUGCACCUUGUUUCCUGCUUGGCAUCUCAGCUGUGGUUUGGGUAGCAUAGCUUUUGCACACUGUUGUGUAAAAAACACUGUAUUUAAUCAGAGUGGUAAUGAUGAAGCUCUCGUUAAGAAAGAGAAUAUGUUUGGUAUGUAGAAGGAAUUCAAUGCAUGCUUUUGCAGUUAUACAGAUAUUUUAUAUCAUGCUAUCAUGGUAGAGCAGAAGUAAAUAGGAUACUCUAUGCAGGGAUACGUUUACAGGCAGAGGUAUAAAGUGCAAUUUGUGGCUAAUGUUUAAGCACGGGUAGAAAUCUAAUGUUUUGAGUUUAUAUGAAAGAUUAUGAAAGUGCUUCUGCAAUGCAAAGUAACGAAACAUGUAAGUCAUGUAUAGCCUGGGCAGAUUUCCUGUCCAGUAGGUCGUCUAGCGUCAUUACAAAUGUCACCAUAUGGUGUCAGUAAUGAGCAACCUCCGUUGUAAUGCAAUUGCCUCAGCAUUUUUGCACUAAGACAUUGCUUGAAUCAUUGAUUAGUUAAUAAACUGAAGUGCCCCUCCA